UUCACUUUUUUUAGUUUUCUUUGCUGACAGGUCGCCAUCCCCAUUCAUCGUUCAAACCAAAGGCAAAAGAAUGGGCUAUCUUGAUCUGCCGGGAAUUACUGCCGCUCUGUUUGGCGGUGGAUGCUGCGCGGUGCAGUUGCUCUUAACGCUUGCCGGGUUUGGCUGUGCGGGCUUGGCCGACCUCAUUUUGUACCGCACGCUUCCGCUGGUGCUGACUCAUGUCAUUGCUCUGUAUUUACUGGCCUCCAAGGCACCGACCGUGCGACCUGGUGCGGUUAUUCGGGCAGCUGGCAUGCUCGCGCUCGCCUACGCGCCCGAAUUUACCUAUUUGGUCGUUCCCACGUCUGCGGCAUCAAUCCAAGGCGAAAUGCACUUUGCGGCUCUUAUGGUGGAUUCUGCUCUGCUGGCUCUUGCUGGGAUGCUGUCGAUCAUGACCUCCGUGGCACCUCACGUCCAAGUGGUCCAAGUGGCUGAGAAGAAGGAAACUGCCGACUUGCCACGUCAGGCGAAAAGUCUGCCACGCCAGGCUGCCGUUGCUCGCGUGACUGUCUUGAUUCUGAUCGCCCUUGCUUGCUGCUUAUCGACGGCCCUUUGUCUUCGCGGAACAAGUUGGACGAGUGCUGCGAGGUCGUUGGCGCAUCCAUCGGACGAAGCGCACAACGCAGCAGCGCUGCCAGCCGCCUGCUUUGCGCAAGUGCUCGUUGCCAGCAUGAGUUGCGACGGCUGCCGGGCAAAGUUCCUGCAGGACUUGGAGGACGAGUUCCCGCAGAUUGUCGUUCAGGACGGCGUGCCAAAGCGAGUGGUUCACGACGAAAGUCCAGUUGGGGCGACCCUGGUCAUCACGAAGCAAGCACUGACGGAUGAGCAGCUGACGGCAGUUCCUCGCAUUGAAGCGCGGAAAGCGCGAGUCAUUGUAACGACGCCGUUGUCGCCGUCGGCCUGCCUGCUCUGAUCACAAAGCGCCGAGCAUUGACUUGAAGUGGAUUGUCAAAGUCGGAAUUAUUGGAUUCAUGUUCAGACU